GCAAAUGGCCCAUUCAAGAAUUGGUAAGGACUUAAAGAGCUUUAAGGCUUGGCUUUUACAGAUUUUAACAAAGCAAUAUCAUUAUUUGUCUAGUCAUUGAUGACCUAGACUACAACGAUUGUCCUGAGAUCAAUAUCCAGGACAUGGAAUUCCUGACAUCAAAACCGGAUGAUGUAGACACUGAGAGAGGCACAAAUGGGGAUCUUAGCCAUUAUCUGUACGAUACAAACUCCGAUGAAAAGAAUCAAGCCAAUGAGAGUAAGGCUCUAGUCUUCUAACUUUAGGAGUAAGAAUUAAAAUCAUCAUGAUAGAUACUGAAUUUGAUCGAUUUCUUAGAAUCCAAGCUUAAGAGUGAAUCCUUGCCCUUGUCUUUAUUGAAAUGUGUGGAAAUAUCUCAGGAAUCACCUAUUGCACUGAGACUGUUGCACUCAUUAGUAAACACAGGAGAUGCUCAUUUGAGGAAAUAUUAUGAAAUCCUACAAAAAUAUUACAUUGAAGGAGAGCCCAAACCCGAAGAUCUAGGUAAGCUUUCCAGUAACGUUCAGAGCUCGAAGGGAUCGACAUCGAUGACACAGAGGAUUGGCUUGAUUCAGAGUGGACAGAGAUCAAAGAAACUGAUAUCAAAAAUAGUAAAAAUUACAUCCGGAAAGUAUCUAAGGCCAGAAUGAUAGGUGAAGAGACUGGAUUUGACUCCAAAGUUAGCACUCUACUUCAGAGAUGAGACCAGACCUUUACAAAGUACUUCGAAGAAGACUCAAGAUCACCUCAGGAGUCCAAAGUGGAGCAGUUCAUCUCUCUUUGUAACGAGACUGAAGAGUUGAAGUCUAAGCUCGAGGAAGAAGAGGUGGACAACCAAAGAUUAGCCCUGAAAUUAAACUCUUUAGACAAUGAGCUUUCUUCUCUUCUAGUGAAUCACAUCGGUAGCUCAAUUACCCAAGAAUGUGAGUAUGUAGAGUCCUCAACUGAGAUAUUGAAGGAGAAAACCAGUAACUGUCUCAAUGAAGCUGAUGUGGUCAGAAACUCAGUUGAUGACCUCACAUAUGGAGAUACAUACAAGAAUGUUCUCCUGAAGAUCAAAGACUCAUUCACCAGGAAAUUAUCAGAACAUAAGAUUGAGAAGGAGAGGCUUAUAGUUGAGAUUGAGGAAUAUGACAGCAAUAGGCUUCAUUUGGCCCCACUAUUGCAUCAAUAUAGCCAGAUAAUGGCCAAGACCAGAGAGAUAGACAGGCAAGUUACCCAGCUAAUGUCAUAA